AAAAAUAAGAGUUAGCCGAUGACCGAUCAAGAAAUCGAAAAAGAAAUUGAGACGGCAAAUCGCAAAUUUUGAGAAUUGUAAUCUUUAUUUCAGUUUCAUUUUUGUUUUAUAAUGAUCGAGGGGCGCGCAAAUGAGCUGCCAGAUUUUCAGGUGUUUCGAACGGUAAUAAAAUACUGCAUGGUAAUUAUAAUCGUGCCAGUACUUUCCUUCUUCGUGGCAAAGAGUAUCUUAUUUGAUGGUGUGCUCCGACUGGACCCCAUAAAUAGCAGUGUCUACUCCGCUGUCGUUGCUGUCGUUGUACUGCACGUUGCUCUCGGGCUAUAUAUUUUCAAGGCAUACAGCGAAACCGAAAAAGACCCUAAACCGGUUAAAAAAGAUUAAAACCAUUAUCACUACUGUUUCAUAUCACA